UCUGUCAGUAUGAAGGUGUUAGAGGUGGGAGACUCAGUGGGUCAGUUCAGGUUGGCUGAGUCAUGUGUGGGGCUGGCAGGGUGUUUGUGCGUGACCUACUCUGUUUGGACCCCUCGCUGGCUCAAUGACCAGGGACUGUGGUCUAUAGGCAACAACAGCACCAACACAGACAGUGAUAGUGACCAGACUGGGGGCAUCAUCUUUAACGCCCUGGAGGCAGAGCAAGUAUUUGGGGUGCUGUCAUUCCUCAUGGCUGUGAAUUCGGGGGCUCUGUGCCUUGUGUUCGCCCUCUGCUGGACAUCCCAGACAGUGCGCUCUUACUCCAACACCCGCUCCCUCCUCAUGGCAGGGCAGGCCCUCUACCCCACCGUCUUGCUGCUCCUCACUCUGGGACCCACAGGAUUCUUCUUCCUCCUCAGCUGGUCCCUCUUCACCUACCAGCACCGGGUGGAGAUCAGCGAUGACUUCACAUGCCUGGGCUCCUCCUUUUGGCUGGGUGCCCUGGGCUGGGCCCUGCUAUUGGUUGCUCUGCCUGUGGUCUUCCUGGUGGAGCAGUGUGUGGUCCCGGACAUCCUGCCAGAUCUCAUGAAGGCUGCCGAUGGUUGGCGGGGCUCCUCCCAGGUACCGUACGCCCAGUGCUCGUUCAUCGUGAGUCACCAGCGUUGUCAUGAAGACCAGAGUGAGGAAGACAUUGCGAGAGGGCUGAGGAGGUACAUGUCUGUACCCUGAGAGGAGGAAUAGAGAGGACACAGGACAGUGAUGGAGUAUUAGUGUAACCUUCUUCAGGCUCAGAGACUGAGCUGACUGCAGAACUGGACUGGACUGGGCACACAGCUGAUAGGGGUCCAUGUUCACACUAGCAGUUCACCAGGGAGCAGAGCUUCUAGUCUGUGUCUGUAUCAGAGAUUUCUCCACUGUAGGAGAAUGUUUACAGACGCACUCUGAGAAUGUAAUAUUAGACUAAUCAAAUCAAAUUUCAUUGGUUGCACACACAUAUUUUGCAGAUGUUAUCGCAGGUGCAGCGAAAUGCUUAUGUUUCUAGCUCAAACAGUGCAGUAAUACCGAACAAAACAAAACACACAAAUCAAAAAAUAACGAAAUUAAGAAAUAGCAGAACGAGCAAUGUCAGAGUCCGGAAUAUAUAUAUAUAUAUACGGUAUACAUUUGUGGUAUUGAUUACAGGCUCAAAAUGGCCAGAAACAAAUAACUUUCUCCUGAAACUCGUCAGCUAUUCUUGUUCUGAGAAAUUAAGGCUAUUCCAUGCGAGAAAUUGUCAAGAAACUGAAGAUCUCGUACAACGCUGUGUGCUACUCCCUUCACAGCGCAAACUGGCUCUAACCAGAAUAGAAAGAGGAGUGGGAGGCCGCGGUGCACAACUGAGCAAGAGGACAAGUACAUUAAAAUGAUAAACUUGGAUUAGCUAACACAACGUGCCAUUGGAACACAGGAGUGAUGGUUGCUGAUAAUGGGCCACUAUACGCCUAUGUAGAUAUUCCAUAAAAAUCUGCCGUUUCCAGCUAAAAUUGCCAUUUACAACAUUAACAAUAUCUACACUGUAUUUCUGAUCAAUUUGAUGUUAUUUUAAUGGACAAAAAUGUGCUUUUCUUUCAAAAACAAGGACAUUUCUAAGUGACCCCAAACUUUUGAACGGUAGUGUAUAUAUACAUACACAUAUAUAAUGGUAUGUGUAUAGACAGUAUAUGAAUAGAAAAGUUGGGUACAGCAGUAGAUAUAUAGGAUAAGCCUUGAAUAGAAUACAGUAUAUACAUAUAAAGUGGGUAAAACAGUAUGUAAACAUUAUUAAUGUGACAAAAAGUGUCAAUGCUGAGAUAAAGGGUUCUUGUCAAGCAAAGAACAAUUCAUUAUUUGUAGUUGUUUGUUGCCAAGCACACAAGAUUCUGUGUAGUAAAGGAAAUAUUUAUUCUACAAUAGCAGCCUCAUGUGGUGAGUAUGACCAAGGUUUGAUGUUGAAAAAGCUAUUUUUGAUACAGCUUGGCAGCAGUGUUCUGUUCGCAAGUAUUCAACAUUAAUAAGUGGAAAGUACACAUUUUGGUUGUUUGUGUACAAAGUGGGAUCACUACUUGUUGAAUUUAGAUGAAAGUGAUACAUACAUUUACAGUUUAACUAAUACUUCUAAGACAGUCCUAUGUGAAUGUGCAUUUUCUCAGUAAGCUUGAUACGCAUCACCACUAUAAAGUGACUGAUAUCAAAGUUUUUGCAGUGGGACUGUGAUAUUAUUGAUAUUGUACCUUUAAAAAACAGAUGAAUAAA